AUGAAGACUGGUGAGAUUGUAGCGAUUAAGAAAAUGAAGAAAAAAUACUACAAAUGGGAUGCAUGUGUGAGCUUAAGGGAAAUACAUUCCCUGAUGAAAUUAUCACAUCCUAAUAUUGUCCAGCUAUAUGAGGUUAUUUUGGAUAAAAGUGUACUACAUUUUGUCUUUGAAUAUCUUGAUAUGAAUGUCUAUUAACUAAUGAAGGAAAGAAAAAAACUAUUUCCUGAGCAUUUAAUUAGAAACAUUAUGUUCUAAACUUUACAAGGAUUAGCAUAUAUGCACAAAUAUAACUAUUUUCAUAGAGACUUAAAACCAGAAAAUCUGCUAUGUUAUUAUCAAACUAUCAAGAUUGCAGACUUUGGAGCACCCGAAAUUCUAUUAAGAGCUCCAAAUUACAACGCUCCAAUAGAUAUAUUUGCAAUGGGAGCCAUAAUGGCAGAGUUAUUUACAAUGAGACCAUUAUUCCCUGGCUAAUCUGAAGCUGAUCAAAUGACCUAGAUUUGCAAAGUAUUAGGAACACCUACUCGUAUAAAUUGGCCAGAUGGUUUUAAACUUGCUCAAUAGUUGGGUUUUAAAUUCCCCUCAUUUAUGCCUCAAAAUCUUUCAAGCAUUAUCCAAAAUGCAAGUGAAGAUGCUAUAGAACUGAUUCAAGCUAUGCUAAAUUAUGAUCCUAGCAAAAGACCAACUGCAGCCGAAUGCUUGUAGUUCAAAUUUUUCUAAGUAAGAGUGCCUAUUCCUAUAAAUGCACCAGAUUUCGAGGAAUAAAAAUCAUCGAAUCUGGAUGAUGAAUUAGAAAUUUAAUAAAAACCAAGUCAAGAGUAAAAGUAAUUCUAAUCAAAAGUUCGUUAGCAACUGCUGAACCAAGAAAAUAAUCUCUCUUAAUAAGGUAGAAAGAUAUCAAGUCUAUAAAUGAUGAAGAGAAGCAGAUAUAAACCAGGAGUUAAUACUGCUCUUAAACCUUAACAAAUAAACAUCGAACAGUGA